AUGAUGCAGCUGACCAACGGACUUGCCUUAUCUGUGGAGACCGAGCCACAGGCCUGCACUAUGGCAUCAUCUCCUGCGAAGGCUGCAAAGGCUUUUUCAAGCGCAGCAUCUGCAACAAGCGCGUGUACCGCUGCAACCGGGACAAGAACUGUGAGAUGUCACGCAAGCAGCGCAACCGCUGCCAGUACUGCCGCCUGCUCAAGUGUCUGCAGAUGGGGAUGAACCGGAAAGCAAUCAGAGAAGACGGCAUGCCGGGAGGAAGGAACAAAAGCAUCGGGCCUGUGCAGAUAACAGAGGAGGAGAUAGAGCGGAUCAUGUCAGGGCAGGAGUUCAAGGAGGACGUCCCGGAGCACACUUGGGGCAACAACGGGGACAGUGACCACAGCUCUCCCAGCAAUGGAGCCUCAGAGGGAAACCAACCAUCACCUGCCUCCACUCUGUCAUCCAAUCGCUCUGCAGAGAUGAACGGCUACACAGCAGCUCUGAGGGACCAGUACAUCAACACUUCUAUGUCCACACACUACCACCUCCUGCCUCACCUGUUCAGCUAUGCUGCCCAGUCCGGCCUGCUAACCCCACAGCCCCGCAGCCUUUACCCACAGUCCCACCCUCUGGUGCUGCAGCUGGUCGCCGCAGAGGACUUGGCCCCCCUCACCACCCCCAUGCUGAUAGAGGACGGGUACAAGGUGACACAGGUGGAGCUGUUCGCCCUGCUGUGUCGCCUGGCAGAUGAGCUGCUCUUCCGCCAGAUCUCUUGGAUCAAGAAGCUGCCAUUCUUCUGCGAGCUCUCCAUAGAGGACUACACCUGCCUGCUCAGCUCCACCUGGCAGGAGCUCAUCCUGCUGUCCUGCCUCACCAUCUACAGCGCCCAGAUCUUUGGAGACCUGGCUGACGUCACGGCCAAGUACACCCCAUCUGAUGACGAGCUCCAGGGCUUCAGUGAGGACGGCAUGGAAGUGAUGGAGAGGCUGAUUUAUCUCUAUCGUAAGUUUAAUCAGCUGAAGAUCAGCAAUGAGGAGUACGCCUGCAUGAAAGCCAUCAACUUCCUGAAUCAAGAUAUAAGAGGACUGUCCAACGUCUCUCAGCUCGAGCAGCUGAACAAGCGCUACUGGUACGUGUGUCAGGACUACAUCGAGUACAAAUACCCACACCAGCCCAAACGCUUUCCUGAGAUAAUGAUGUGUCUGCCAGAGAUCCGCUACAUCGCAGGUAAGGCCUCCAUGUCCACUGAAGACUGUAGCUUUACUGUUGAUUUAUGUUUCUACUGA